AUGGACACGAAUGGCCUACGGGCUGCUCCAAGCAACUCCGAAGCCGAGUGGUGCUUUCCUGAAUGUUAUGCUGGUGGGCAUCAGAUCCUGAAGAGUCCUUAUCGAAGUGUGAAUUUUGAUUCAUCUCACCUGCAGCAAUCAGCUAUUCAGGAUUUAAUAUGUGACCAUUCCCUAACACCAGGGUGGUACCGCUUUAUGAUUUUUGAUAAGCCUGCUGAGAUGCCAACCAAAUGUGUGGAGGUGAACCACUGUGGUACUCAGGCCCCUGUGUGGCUCUCCCUGCGGGAGGCAGAGACCCUGCCUCGGCCUGGUGAGGUGAAGCAGUUAACAGCAUGUGCCACGUGGCAGUUCUUCUUCAGCACUUCCAGGGACUGCUGCCUUUUCCGAAUCCCUGUCAGUGUGAGAAACUGUGGAGAUUUCUUUGUUUACCUGCUGCAACCCACCCAAGGCUGCAUGGGCUAUUGUGCCGAAGGUAAGCUGGCGGCUCCAUCAUUUGCGUCUGUGUCACCACCAUCACCAGCUACCCCUGAAGUUGUAGCAGAGUUGAUCAAAGGCAGCAUAUACCUCAGGUGCACCUUUGGCGUUCCUUUUGCAAACAGCUUGGUUGGAUUUAUUGUAGCUUGGUCCAGACUUUCUCCUGAAGGCGUCAAAGAGGAAUUGAAACGUGAGACAGCAGUUCAUACAUUCUCACUUUUAGAACUAGAUGGCAUAAACCUCAAACUUGGAGACAGAGUUUACUGUAGCAGUUCUGCCUUUCUCUUGGAGAAACCGGAUAUACAAAGCUCUCCUGUUGAGAGUGAGGAGUUUUUUGCUGGCAUAAAGGUAUAUCCAGAGGCUUAUAGUAUAUCAGAAGAUGGAAAGGAAUACAGACUGGCAAUAGAAAGUAGAAUUCCUAUUCCUUGUUCUGAUUUUGGACAACUUGAAAAUGACUGUAAAAUCUCGCUGACAUUAAAUACUGUUGACCAAGGCAAAGAACAGUUAGGUUUAAACUUGGCCCUUUCUUCUUGUUACGUGGAUCUUCUCCAGAAACCCUGCAAUAAUGGAAUUUGUAGUCAAGCUGUAAGUUAUUUCACUGCUGUGACAGACUUUAUGCAGGAUGGAGACCGGAUUACCAGGAUUGUGGUGGAACCCAUAUCCAGUGAUAAUAUCCUGUGGAAUGGCUAUGCUCCAGAAAGCACUCAGAUUACCGUAAAGGAUCUACCUACUGCUUACUGCUACUCAUUUACUGACCCUCAUAUAAUUACAUUUGAUGGAAGACUCUAUGACAAUUUUGAAACAGGAACUUUUGUUCUCUCUAAGAGCACGUCUCGAGAUUUUGAGGUUCACGUUCGGCAGUGGGACUGUGGAAGUCUCCACUCUCCAGCCUCCUGUAACUGUGGCUUUGUUGCCAGAGAAGGAAGGGAUGUCGUUGCGUUUGACAUGUGCAGCGGUCAGCUACGUGAGUCACAGCCACACGUGACUGUAAUAAGUAGAGACACAACUGGAAGUAAUGUCAGGAUCACUGAAUCCUACCUCGGAAGAAAAGUAACAGUUGGGUUUUCUUCUGGAGCUUUCAUUCGUGCUGAUGUGAGUGAAUGGGGAAUGAGCCUAACGCUCAGGGCACCCAGCUCAGAUUACAAGAAUACAGUGGGACUCUGUGGCACCUUUGACGGAAGUGCAGAGAAUGACUAUCACACUGCAAGUGGGAUGGAAAUCCCACACAGUUCUAAUGUUCCCUUUUCUUUUAUUAACGAAUGGAGAAUUUCACCAGGAGAUAGUUUGUUUGACAAGACACCUGCUGCUUUAACAUCUUCCACAAAAAGAGCCUUCUGUGACUGCAGGCUUAGAGAUGCUGGACUACAUCAAUCACAGAAUAAACUAGAGUCCGUUUCUAAACUUCCUCUCUUUUGCAAAGAAAGUGGAAAUGGUCGAUUUCCAUCUUUGAUACCAGGACUCGAUGUCACUACUGAGUAUCUCAGUCCUGUCAAUCUUGUCAGAGGCUUAAAGAAGCGUUCGCCUGCACAGGAAAUGGCUUCUUCACCUCUCCAGAAAAUUGAUCGCUUCGAUAAACAAACCAAACUUCACAAAAUACUGCUGGUAAACACAAGUUCAGUAGAAAAUACUUGGAUAGAAAGAGAAGGAACUUCAAGCUCAGGAAUUAAAAGAAAUCCCCACAAUUACAGGACUCAUCUUCUCAAAGGCAAACCUGAUAUGAGCAGAAGGAAGCGCCAAAGUUAUUAUGAAUAUCAUCCAGUGUUUCCAUUCCAAAGUCUUAACCAAGCAGACCUAGAAGGCUAUAGCUAUUUUUUUCCGGAGGACCAUGCCACUGGUCUGCACCACAAGUUUCUUCCAUCCUGGCCCACACCUUCGGGCCUGACCGAGUCUAGCGCAUUGGGCCUGUGCCAAGAGGCCAUAGUGAAUUCCACUAUAGGGAGAUCUUGUGGCGGCCUCCUUGGCAAGCGAGUGGAAGAUGCAGUAGAUAUGUGUGUAAAAGAUUUGCUGCUGAAAGAUGACUUCAGCUGGGCAGAAGCCUUCUUACCUCUUCUGGAGAAUGAAUGUGAGAAGAGAGUUUUAGAAGAAAUAAAUUCCAACCAACAGGAGCUUCAAGGGUCAGUCGAGGACUUGCUUGUUGUGUUAAAAUGUCCCAGUCUCUGCAGCGGGAAUGGAGAAUGUAUGGAAUGGGGUUGUGCAUGUUUUCAAGGCUAUAGCUCUUACGACUGCAGCAUUCUGUCUGAUCAGGUUCCAGAAAUCACGGAGCUGGAGAACGGGGGGCUAUGCGAUAUUCGGCAGUCUGACUGCGCCUCAGUGAGAGCUUUCGGACACGGCUUCAGGGAGUCAUCAAGCCUGAAAUGUGAAAUUAGCCAAUUGCAGCAUAAUGGUAGCCACUGGCUUCUUGGAGAACCUCUAAUUAUGCCGGCUGCCUUCCAAAGUGCCGGGAUUGCCGACUGUCAGUUACCAAGCGAUGGCCAGCAGUCCCAUGUCAUGGAUCUCGUUGAUGAUAAACCUCUUGCCAGAUGGCAAAUAAAGAUUUCUAAUGAUGGAUUCAUUUAUAGCAACCCUAAAACAAUGAUAUUAUAUGAUGGAGCCUGUCAAACCUGUGAACCACAGGAAUCGGGGUUAUGUACGUUAAAGGAGAAAACAUGCAACAUAGAUGGACUCUGUUAUGGUGAAGGUGACACAAAUCCAAGCAGCCCUUGUUUACUCUGCAGACCUGACAUAUCUAAGUUAACUUGGUCAGUUGUUGAAGACAACCAACCUCCACUGCUUCAAACUUUUCAGGGUACCCUACAGACUUUCUAUGGAGAAAAUUUCGUAUAUCAAUUUUUGGCCUCAGAUCCAGAGGGUUCUACUGUUCUUUUUACAUUGGAAUCUGGUCCUGAAGGUGCUAGUCUUUCCCCAUCAGGUCUCCUUUUAUGGAAAGCGAUGUCAAAGAAUCCCCAUAAAUUAACAUUUUCUUUGACAGACGACUGCAGUGCAGAGACAAAAGUAGAAAUAGAGGUGAAUGUAAAAUCAUGCGAUUGUCUGAAUAAUGGCUCGUGUGUGACAAAUGUUAAUUUUCCACCUGGAAGUGGAAGAUACCUUUGUGCAUGUGUGCCUGGCUUUGAGGGGGAUCUCUGCCAAGUGAAUGCUGAUGAAUGUCAACCUAACCGGUGUGCUGCUGGCAGGUGUGUAGAUGCCAUAAACAGCUAUCACUGUGAGUGUCCACCAGAGCUUCAGGACAGCCCCCAGAGACUUAUUCCUAUAGAAGUGGCCAGUAGCGGAGCUCCACCAGCCUCCACAACAGCAACAGUCCCCACUUGGAAGGUGUUUAACUCUCAAAGUGCUCCGGUGCAGCCUGCUGUUGGUGGGAACGUCGGCCGUGCUCUCGGCCCCGGCAGCGGCCCCCUUGCCGACACGGAGGAGGGCUCCUCGGUGAGCGCUGCGCUGUCAGCGUCCUCGGGGAGCCGAGCUGUAUCACCUGAGGAGAAGACAAGGACACAAGCUGAGGUCCACAGCUAUUCUGAGACUAGCAGGAGGGCUUCUCCCAGCAGCAGGAUCAAUAUAAGCAGAGGGCCACCUCUGCCCAGCAAAGUGCUCAAAGGAGGGAGUGCUCGCAGAGUUCAGCAGCUCAUAGUCAAGUAUAAAGCAAGUCCUUUGCCAUCUGUUCUAGUCAAAGUCACUGUCCCACCAAAACCACUUACGGUGACAUCAAGUGAAAUAGUGAUGCCUAAAGCAGGAACCUGUUCCCAUUUACCUUGCUUUCCCAGAGUACCUUGUGAACCAAGUUGGGACGGACGUGUCAGAUGUGGCCCUUGUCCUUAUGGCUAUUACGGAGAUGGUAUUACUUGCAGAGCAAUAUGUAGGCAACCAUGUGGUAAAAAUAUGGAGUGUGUGGCACCCGAUAUUUGCAAAUGCAAGCCUGGUUACUCUGGUUAUGGCUGUCAGACUGCUCUAUGCAGACCUGACUGUAAAAACCAUGGGAAGUGCAUUAAGCCAAAUGUCUGUGAAUGCCUACCAGGAUAUAGCGGCUCCACUUGUGAGGAAGCACAUUGUAAACCACCCUGUCAAAAUGGAGGUACUUGCUUGGCCAGAAAUCGCUGCACCUGCCCAUACGGUUUUGUGGGACCAAGAUGUGAUACAAUGGUUUGCAGCAGGCACUGUGAGAACGGUGGGGAAUGCCUUGCUCCAGACGUGUGCCAGUGCAAAGCCGGCUGGCACGGACCUACGUGCGGUGCAGCACUGUGUGACCCGGUGUGUCUCAAUGGAGGUUCCUGUACUAAGCCAGAUAUUUGCCUCUGUCCACAUGGAUUCUUUGGUGCCCAGUGUCAGAUUGCUGUGUGCAGCCCGCCCUGUAAGAAUGGUGGUCAUUGCAGGAGGAACAAUGUUUGUACUUGUCCUGCUGGGCACACAGGCAGAAGAUGUGAAAAAAGUGUCUGCGAACCAAGGUGCAUGAAUGGAGGACGGUGUGUAGGCCCAAAUGUUUGCUCUUGUCCCUCAGGAUGGAGAGGAAAAAGGUGUAACACACCCAUCUGUCUUCAGAAAUGUCAGAACGGUGGGGAAUGUAUUGGACCAAGUACGUGUCAUUGCCCUCCACAGUGGGAAGGAAUCCAGUGUCAAACACCUGUGUGCAAUCAGAAGUGUCUAUUUGGAGGCCAGUGUGUGUUGCCUAACGUCUGCUCUUGUCGUCCUGGUUAUACUGGAGUCCUCUGUGGGAAGAAAAUUCAGGUAAUUGUAGUGUCAAGGCACAGCCAUAGACAGGCACUUUGAGAGUCAUAUCUAGUUCACCUUUGUU